AUCUUCCAUGUUAACUUGGUUUGGAUUUAUCAAGAAGAUCAUCUCUUUCAAGUCUCCUCUACACUGUUUUUCUGUUUUUUGUUUUUUGUUUUUUUUUUUGGGUAUUCCAUCACUCUCCAUACAUCCACCAUUUAUUUCUUUCUUUUAACAAUUUUCUCCGCAGUAUAAAAGUCAACCAAGUUCUCAACUUUCCAUAACCCAACUAAUCCCAAUCUUCCUUCAAUUUUCAACUAUGGCCUCCAUUGCUAACCUCCUCGCAUCUCUCCUAAUCCUCUCUUCCAUUUCUUCCAUCAUCGGUAACGAUCCCGAUAUGCUUCAGGACCUUUGCGUCGCCGAUCGGACUUCAGGAAUCACCAUUAACGGCUUUGUUUGCAAGGCGACGGCCAACAUUUCAGCAGACGAUUUCUUCUUCGACGGCCUGGCCAACCCGGCCACCAUAAAUAACUCGGUGGGUUCGGUCGUAACAGGUGCUAACGUUGAGAAAAUUCCCGGUCUCAACACAUUGGGCGUCUCGCUCUCCCGGAUCGACUACGAGGCCGGUGGUCUUAACCCACCGCACACGCACCCACGAGCCACCGAGAUGGUGUUCGUGCUGGAAGGUGAGUUGGAUGUAGGGUUUCUCACCACCAGCAACAAGUUAUUCAGCAAGACAAUCAAGAAAGGUGAGAUCUUUGUGUUCCCGAGAGGCCUGGUUCAUUUCCAGAAGAAUAAUGGGAAAGAACCCGCCGCCGUCAUUUCAGCCUUCAAUAGCCAGUUGCCGGGAACUCAGUCCAUCGCGGCUACUCUAUUUGGAUCUACACCUGCUGUGCCUGAUAAUGUUCUCACCAAGGCUUUCCAGGUUGGGACGAAGGAGAUUGAGAAAAUCAAGUCCAGGCUCGCACCCAAGAACAGUUAAAAGCAUGUUGAGUGCUCAUUCCAAUCUGGGUCUGAAUUUCUUUUUUUUUUUUCUUCUCUUUUUCAGUUUGUUUUUGCACGAAUUUAUUUUGAACAGUUGAGUAUGCUGAUAUUAAUUUCCUAUACGGAACGGGAAAUAAUUAAGUGGGUAUAGCCGCAAUAUUUGUAAUUAAAAGUAUUAUUAUGUCAUUUUGAGUUAAAAAUAAUUCAAUUUCAUUGAAAUACAAAAAGAAAAAAGUUUCUGUUGAUUAUUAAUAAAUAAUAAAUGGCAAUGUUAUGGUGUAUGCCAGG